AGAAGGGAGAUAAUUUCACAACUAAAUUACCUGCUCAGCUGCCGAGUUGUUUUUGGAACAAAUUCAAAGCAUUUAAUCUCCACGAGAAAAUAAAAACACAAUGGCUGAAGAAGAUGAAAAAGGAUACAGAUGGGAAACAGAAUACGAAAAAACAUGGGAAGCACUGACCGAGGACGCCAGUGGAUCUCUUCAAGCCAGCAUCGAUGAAAUUGUACAAAAAGGCAAAAAGAGGAGGUUGUUGGAGAAAAUUGGAAACAUCCGAUUGGGGAUGAUGCGUCACCUGUUCCUUGUGUUAGACAUGUCAUCAUCAAUGGGUGACCAGGAUCUCAAACCGACAAGGCUCUUGACGACACUGAAGCUCCUGGAGUAUUUUGUUGAAGAGUACUUUGAUCAGAAUCCCAUCAGUCAACUUGGGAUUAUAGCGACGAGAAACAAGAGAGCAGAGAAACUCACCGAACUUGGCGGAAAUCCUCGACGUCAUAUUGUUACUCUGCAGAGUCAGUCGACUAAGACAUGUGAGGGGGAGCCAUCUUUACAAAACUCUCUCGAGCUAGCUAUACAGACACUCAAACACGUGCCAAGUCACGCAAGUCGAGAGGUGCUUGUUAUUUUUGGAGGACUCACGACCUGUGAUCCAGGUGACAUACAUGACACCAUGAAGACGCUGCAUGAAAACAAUAUCAGGUGUUCGGUAAUUGGAUUGGCUGCUGAGGUCCGAGUCUGCAAGAAGCUGUGUCAAGUCACGCAUGGUAAAUACAAUGUAAUACUUGACGAGUCACACUUCAAAGAUCUUCUGAUUCAGCAUGUUUCUCCACCACCUGCUACAGCCGAUACAGAAUCUUCAUUAAUAAGGAUGGGUUUUCCACAUCACACACUAAGUACAGAGAGAGAGAAAGAGGAGAAACCAUCGAUGUGUAUGUGCCACUUAGACAAGACUGGUUCCCAGGGCUUCAGUACCAGUGGCUAUUUCUGCCCACAGUGUAAGAGCAAAUACUGUGAACUACCAGUGGAGUGCCGAGCGUGUGGUCUGACGUUGGUGUCUGCGCCACACUUGGCGAGAUCGUAUCACCACCUGUUUCCACUAAAUUCAUUCAUUGAGGUCCCAGUGUCCAAGCUUGGGUCUCAGAAACCAGGGUGCUAUGCUUGUCAAGUUGUCAUAAAAGAGUCCAAUGUCUAUAGAUGUGAAAAAUGUUCCCAGAUCUACUGUCUGGACUGCGACUUGUUUGUCCACGAGACUCUACACUCGUGUCCUGGUUGUGCCAGCUUCCGAAGAACCCAGCUACAGACUCUGCUACCUGUUCUGUAGCAACCAACAUCAGUGUGAUGGAAUUGUGUGAAUGAAGAACUCUGUUACAAACACAUCUACCUGUUCUGUAGCAGCCAACACCAGUGUGAUGGAAUUGUGUGAAUAAAGGUUACCAAGAACUCUUGUUACAAACACAUCUACCUGUUCUGUAGCAGUCAACAUCAGUGUGAUGGAAUUGUGUGAAUGAAGAUUACCAAGAACUCUGUUACAAACACAUCUACAUGUUCUGUAGCAGCCAACACCAGUGUGGUGGAAUUGUGUGAAUAAAAGUUACCAAGAACUC